AUGUCGUACCGUCGUCCUGGAGGAAUCAACUACGCGGAGCUUGAUCAGGGAAAUUAUUCAGAUGAUGACUCAUUCGAAGAUGAACCCCAGAGCAGAAGUAAAGAUGAUGACUAUAGCUAUGGAACCAGAAAUCCCAAGAAGAAGUCAUCCAAUGCCUCUGCUUCUUCGAAAAAGAGAAAGGCCGAACAAUCUAUAGAGACAAUUCGUGCUGAGGUCAAUGAUACUGUUUAUUCUGAUGACGAUUUAGUAGAGUUGACUCCAGAUAUACCUCUGGACUAUGUUCCUGACGCGGUGCUGAAAGUGUUUGGUAAGCUGGAUUACUCAUACUUGAAGUUGAAACCAGACCAUUUCUCACGGCCAAUAUGGAUGUCACCAGAUGGACGUAUUAUUCUAGAACUGUUUUCGCCUUUGGCUGAACAGGCCCAGGAUUUUUUGAUCACAAUCGCCGAACCUAUAUCAAGACCUUCCCACAUUCAUGAAUACAGACUUACGCCGUAUUCGUUGUAUGCUGCUGUUUCAGUGGGAUUGGAGACCGACGAUAUUAUUCUGGUUUUGAGUCGGUUAUCAAAGGUGCCUGUGGCGGAAAAGGUCGUAGAGUUCAUCAAGAGUGCUACAAUUUCUUACGGUAAGGUCAAGCUCGUCUUGAAACAUAACAGGUACUUUGUAGAAAGCACGCAAGCUGAUAUAUUGCAGAUGCUACUUAAGGACGAGGUUAUUGGGCCGUUGAGAAUACAGUCGUCUGAAAACACCGUCACAAGCAACGGUUUGGUCAAGAGUGCUGCCCCUACCAAAGGGGACAUGGUUAUUCCUGGAACUAAGAAGAAUAAUGAAAGUGACGAGAAAAAGAAAGAUACAGAAGACAUAUAUGCCUCGGUAGUCGGCAGCCGUAACGACGAGGAUGACUAUGACGUAGAUGCCGUUCAUUCGUUUGAAAUCGCUAACGAAUCCGUGGAGAUUGUAAAGAGAAGAUGUCAGGAUAUCGACUAUCCUGUUUUGGAAGAGUACGAUUUCCGUAACGAUGCUCGUAAUCCAGACUUGGAGAUCGACUUAAAGCCUUCGACUCAGAUUCGGCCAUAUCAAGAGAAGUCAUUAUCGAAGAUGUUUGGAAAUGGUCGUGCCAGAUCUGGGAUCAUUGUGUUGCCAUGUGGGGCUGGUAAAACCUUGGUAGGUAUCACUGCUGCGUGCACCAUCAGAAAGUCUGUCAUUGUGUUGUGUACCUCGUCUGUGUCUGUCAUGCAGUGGAGGCAGCAGUUCUUGCAAUGGUGUACGAUCCAGCCAGAAAAUGUCGCUGUUUUUACUUCGGAAAACAAGGAAAUGUUUACCAGUGAAUCAGGUUUGGUCGUUUCCACAUAUUCUAUGGUAGCUAACACUCGUAACAGAUCGCACGAUUCGCAGAAAGUCAUGGAUUUCUUGCGUGGUAGAGAGUGGGGUUUCAUCAUCUUAGAUGAAGUUCAUGUUGUACCAGCUGCAAUGUUCAGACGUGUGGUAACCACCAUUGCUGCCCAUGCAAAGUUGGGUCUCACAGCUACUUUGGUCAGAGAAGACGACAAGAUUCACGACUUGAACUUCUUGAUCGGCCCAAAGUUGUAUGAAGCUAACUGGAUGGACCUUGCACAAAAGGGGCACAUCGCCAAUGUCCAGUGCGCUGAAGUGUGGUGUCCCAUGACGUCUGAGUUCUACCAGGAGUACUUGAAGGAAUCGGCCAGAAAGAGGAUGUUGUUGUACAUCAUGAAUCCCACAAAGUUCCAAGCUUGCCAGUUCUUGAUUCACUACCACGAAAAGAGGGGUGACAAGAUCAUUGUUUUCAGCGACAAUGUGUACGCUUUGCAGGAGUAUGCAUUGAAGUUGGGUAAGCCUUUUAUUUAUGGGUCGACGCCACAACAGGAAAGAAUGCAGAUCUUGCUGAAUUUCCAGCACAAUGAUCAGAUCAACACUAUCUUCUUGUCGAAGGUCGGUGACACAUCAAUUGAUUUGCCAGAAGCCACAUGUUUGAUUCAGAUCUCGUCUCAUUAUGGGUCUCGUCGACAAGAAGCUCAGCGUUUGGGUCGUAUCUUAAGAGCUAAGAGACGUAAUGAUGAAGGGUUCAACGCCUUCUUCUACUCAUUGGUAUCCAAGGAUACACAGGAAAUGUACUACUCCACCAAGAGGCAAGCAUUCCUUGUAGAUCAGGGUUAUGCAUUCAAAGUUAUCACACACUUGAGUGGUAUGGAGCAGUUGCCCGACUUGGCUUACUCUUCACCCAGAGAAAGAAGAGAGUUGCUUCAACAGGUGUUGUUGAAGAAUGAAGAUGCUGCUGGACUUGAAAUCGGCGACGAUGUCGAUACCAAUUUCAUUUCCAAUGACACUAGAAUGAAGUUAGAGAACGCCAACGCUAGCAGAACGACAGGUUCAUUGGCCGGUUUGGCCGGUGGGGAAGAUAUGGCCUACAUCGAAUACAGCAAGAACAAGAACAAGGAGCUCAAAGAACACCAUCCUUUAAUCCACCAGAUGUAUUAUAAAAAGCAGCAAAAAAAGUAGAUAGGUUAAUGGGAAUUGGGAUUAUUUAAUUUACAUACUGGUAUAUAUUUAACAUACAAAUAUAUUAAUUUAC